AGUCGUGGUCAUUACAGAGAAGUUCGUGCACUUGGAAGGAGCACAGCCUUAGAGGAAGAGUCCCGCAGAGAAGAAAAAGUUUCACGAUUUUGAUAUUAAUUUCCAAAUCGUUCUGAAUGGCGUUGAAUUACAAGCUGCCAGCAACAAGUAUUAUUCUAGCAGCUGGGCUGCUGGUCAGUCUUAUUGAUGCUGAUUUGUUUCUACACAAUCCAAGAGGCUCUAACAACCGUCUAAAUGGCAACCAAAAAGCGAGGCAAAACAACAAUCGAUUGUUCGACUCUCAGAACAACGCUAAUGGUGGUUACAAUGUUGGCGACAAAAAUCAAGCAUCUAACAGCGAGGAGACACAAUUUAACAUGCACUACUUCCAGAGUGGCAAAGGCCAUAUAAAUAAUUCAGGCCUGACUGGAAAAUCGCAGCUCACAAUUGAAUGGACAAAUCAACAUGGUUGUGGUGACCGAGAUUUAAAUUGUAAUUUUGUUCUUCAAUAUCGAUGUCAAGAUGAAACGAAGCAUCAAGCGUUGAACUAUCACACAAUGAGAAAUGGACGUGAAACGACUACUCCAGGGUACGUGAAAGGUGACUUCACCAGUCGCUCAGAGAAGGUCAAUAGGCUAAAGGCUGACUCAGCCGGUUUUCAUCGAGGUCUUCAUGAACCAUGGGAAUGGUAUGACAAAUGCGCCAAACGAAAUCGUGUAGGAAUCAAAUGUGCCAAGGUGACUAAAUCAGGCAGAUGUUGUGUUUUCCCAUUUUAUUAUCUCGGUAAUCGGUAUGAUUCCUGUACAACGGUGAAUUAUGGAAAUACAUUAUGGUGUGGAACAACAACUCAAACCUCAACAUGGGAUGAAUGUGUAGUCGGGUCAAAAAGCAAUCCUCAGAAUUCAGGAGCUAACUGUGCCGUGAAGACUACAUCGGGAGAAUGUUGCGUUUUCCCAUUUCAUUAUAAUGGCAUAAAAUAUAGCGCAUGCACAACAGCGGGCAGUGGGGGUUCAUUGUGGUGCGGAACAACAAAGUCAUGGGGGUACUGUGCAAGCGGGUCAAAAAGCAAUCCUCAGAAUUCAGGAGCUAACUGUGCCGCGAAGACUACAUCGGGAAAAUGUUGCGUUUUCCCAUUUUAUUAUAAUGGCAUAAAAUAUAGCGCAUGCACAACAGUGGACUAUGGAAAUACAUUGUGGUGCGGAAUAACAACAGAUUCAACGUCAUGGGGGAUCUGUGCAAGCGGUUCUGGAAGAAAAAGAAGAUCAUUUGCAGGAUCAAUCGCUAAUGCUUUUAAUGAUGAUGGCCAAACAACUGGAGGACUUUUCACCGCUGAUCAAAAGCUGCAAGGGAAGACAAGUAUUUACACCCGACAAAAUGCAAAUGGAGCUCGUAGUGGCUAUGAAUGUCCUGAGGAACGAGAUUACUAUCCUUACUGGCAUCCUACUGACUGGGUUGAUAUGGCAGUGUUCGCUUUUAAUGAAAGCAUGUGCAAGUAUUAUAAAGAAGAAAGUUUCAACGUCAAACCUAAGCACGAGUGCCUUGAAUACUACUCCGCCAAAUCAGAUGGUUUUCGACAUGACUCGGUUCACAACAACAAAAUUGACUGCGAAAACAAUGGAGGAUUCUGGGUGCCAUUCAGCAACUUUUUAGAAGAAUAUCCUGCGCAUCAAACAGAGCAAGAAUGCGCAGCCGCAAGUUCUGACAAACUUCGUCUUGUCUGGGCCAUUCCUUAUCGCUCUGAAGAUAUCGAAAAUUUGAAGAUGACUGGUAAUGAUGUUGAAUCAUUAAAACGUUGUUUGGUUGCACUCGAUCCACCUGAAUGCAAGGUAGUUCCGUAUACAAGAUCGAAUCAUUUAGGGAAUGCCCGUGAUGUAGUUCCACUUCGCUACAAUUGGGUUCUUCCAUAUUUUCCGUCUGCUCGUACACAAAGAUGCGUUCUAAGAAUAAGGUACAAUAUUUCUACGGGAGAUUAUCCACCAUUCAGCACAUUCGGCGACAAGAAUGAUAAUCCGGAGAACGGUGUGAAUUCGCCAGUCAAAAACAAUCCAACUGAAAAAAUUGGCCAAGUGCAGAUGCCAUUGCAACUUGCAAUCAACACCGCACAGUUUGGACGAACUUUUCAAGACAGAUCACAUUUAUUCAAACUUAUACCAAGACCCGAGACUGUGUCAGAUAAUGACGUCAUCUACAAUUUGAACGUACGAGGAAAGCGCGGGAAUAUCGUUCAAACAUUUCCGGCUGUGGAAUACGACUUUAUCCCAAAACGAUUGGAAGUUUCAAGUACAAGUCUUGUCCAUAUCGCGUGGACUGGUUCCAAUACCAAUCCUCAGAACAACAAUGGCCAGGGUACAGCAGGUUCGGAUCGAAACAACAUUGUAGAAAUGAGAGAUCCAUCUGUGAGCUACCCCCUAAACUCGGGAAAACCACUGAAAAUGUUCACGAACGCUGAAAUUGUCUGGUCAGGGGAUAAAGAAACUAAAACUGGUCAAGAUUUGGUAACAAGCAUGGCUUCCUCGGGUUACUACAGCAGCGUACAGUGUUUCCAUAACAAGGCAUGCACUCCGAAUAAACAAGUUCUUAAUACAUUGUUAAACAACGCCCCAGCUUCCUAUCGUGGCGUGCUUUUGCGAUUUGCCCCGGGUGAGUAUUAUUACAUGUGCACAAGAAAUAACAACUUCAGUAAUCGUAAUCAGAAAGGAAGACUUGUUGUUCGAGACUAACAUGUUAUAUAAUGUUUAGUUUUUUAUAUAACUUUCACAUUUUGGCAUAGUUUUGGAUUUUUUGCAUGUAUACGUAUAGUAAUUAAGCCAAAUGUGGUUAAUGCAUCUUUUGUAUUCCUCGUAAUUGAUUAUUUUAGAAGUGCAUGUAUUAUGGUAUUAUGUAUGCCAUUAGUAACUCCAUUGUUGUUGUUAUUUGACGUUU